AUGCCAGAAGUCAUGCGAGGCAACCGGCCAUAUUCUGAACACAGCCGGACCAGUCCCGCGAGUCCGACAAUAAUACAACCUCCUCUUUCACCACACGCGGUAACAUUGCCCGACGACGCCGUACUCGCCUCUCCCUCCCCCUACUUCCGCCCAACCGGCUUGGAGACAGCACCCCGUCGCAAGAGUUCGACCUACGACGGGCGCCCCGAAGCUUCCGUCUACUACGAUAGCCGCGCAGCUACAAAGCAAGAGUACCGGCGACGCGCUAGCACGCUUGAAGAAUACUACGAUGAAAACCCACACUUGCUGCCUCAGUUGCCUUUCACAUGGCGCCAGGGAUGGAAACGAUGGCGUCUCGGCCUGCUGAUCUUCCUGAUGUUCGCCGACGGGUGCGUUGCGCCCAUCGCGUUAUACUACGCAAUGCGAUACGCAGGGGGCGUGGAGGGCUGGAUUAUAUUCGCAAUAGUGACAACUAUAUGGGGUGGCCCGACAUAUGUCGAGUUUGCGAUCCGGACGCUACGGCUCAUGAAGAAAGAGCGGUUUUACAGACCGCUUGGAACAAGCAGUCGCUGGAGCUUCGACAUCGUGACGUGGGCAAGCGUCAUAUGCAUCACGGCGGUGACAGCUCUCUUCAUCGUAGGUAGCGUGCCACAUAUCGUUUGGCUGCGCGUGCUGGCCAUGCCUGGCCCCGCCAUUCUUUAUUCUUUGGGCGGUGCACUGGCAAUACUAACACUUUUCAACGUUAUAGCGUGGAAGGCACCGUUUCGCAUCAGCUCGACAGCCAAAGGGGAAACGGUUCUUCCUGGGGCAUAUUACUUCGUCGAAGACGUCGUAGCGGUGAAUGCAGGUGCGGGACGCCCAUAUCGGGAGGCGUUGGCGGCGAGAUAUAAGGCCAGUCGUCGGUUCAGGAAGAUGAUGUUGAACCAGAGUUUGUUCUGGUCGAUACCAUCUAUCAUUCUCGCGAUCCCGCUUACCGUUGUUGCUGUUAUACAUGAGGUUCCUGCAACUGUGGCCUAUGGCAUUUGCUGGGGUGUACCGUUCCUUUGGGCGGGUAUAUGGAGUGUCAUAAGCAUUCUGUGGUGCAGAAGAGACAUGCAGCAGGAAGAAGAAGGCUGGGAAGCAGAUCAACGAUCGAUGCUUUAG